UUUGUUUCUUGCUAAUUCUUUAGAUCGCAUUCACAGGAAAUUAGAGGUCAAGGCUUUUCAGAAUCUUACUCAUAGAAAAACAAGCUUUACUCGCUGAUUGGGGGUUGCAUUUUAAUACACACAGCGUUCAAACAUUGGAAUCUAAAGGAACAGUCGACAGAGUGUCAAGGAAAACCUCCAAGCCACGUCUCGAUUCACGCCAUUUAAAUUUGUUAAAUGCACUUUGCAGUUUUCCUGCCUACGUCGGAGUCACUUCCGACCUUAUUCUCUGCCGUGCAUAGCUCGAAUACUUGAUUAAAUACAAGACAAUACAGUGGGAUGUGCCAUUAGUCAGAGCCAGACACUAAUACAGCUAACACGCGUUCCUCUUCACAGUCGCAGGAGGCGUUAUACCAACACUACACAGGGGUAUGGGUUAGAAAUAUGAAUGUAAACUCGAGAGAAAAAGAAUAAUAAUGGAAGGUAAUGAAGUCAAUUGGCAAAGCCGUUGCGUGGCACUCGAAAGCCAACUGGAGAAGUUCAAGGAACAAGCCACCAAGGUCCGCGAAGUCAUCGGGCAGAAAAUUAAAGUACUAGAGCAUACAGUUACAGAAAAAGAUGUUGAAAUCAAGCGACUUUCUUCAGAUCUCGAAACUGAGAGGGAGCUACGGGUGCAGCAUGAGCAUCAGAUUGAAUCAAAAGCUGCCCAUAUCAAGGAGUGGAUGCAGAAGAAAAUAAGUGAGUUUGAGACUCAAAAUGCUAAAGUGAACCAAGACAAGGCAGAGCUUUUGGAAAGAAAUGAAAAGCUAUCAAAAGAGAAUGAGCUUUUACAAGAGGAAAAUCGCAAGUCCCUUGACAUUAUCAAAGAGCUUGGGGUUAAAUUACGCUACAGUCAAGAGCAAGUCUUUAGACUGUCCUCAGAAUUAAGUGAACUACAGGAGUUACAUAAAACAAACGAGUACCAAACUCUUGAGCCCCCUGAGGGAGGGGGUGAGUCUGACAAGGGGCAUCAGGAUAACAAUCGAAAUGAUAUCACCAUCAAGAAAGGUUUCCUCCCAUCAGAAGUCGUGGUUAAUGUUACUCUGAACUCCAGUCAACCAGUAUCGCUUGCAUCAUCGUCUUACUCUACUGCUGACAGCCAGCUAGAACUGAAUGAUGAACAGGUGGUGUCGGAGGCUGUGCUGGCACCUUCGAAAGCACCAACUUCACCUAUGUCGACCACCUCAGAUAGGCAUGAAAGCUGUGAGGGUGAUGGGACACCUGGGGAUGAGGGUGAGGAUGCGUCAACAGCUAUCAAGAGGUCAUCAAGUGGAAAAUCCCCAUCUAAGAUACCUCGCUAUGUUGGCAAUCAACUCAAAACAUCAGAGCCCUCGAAUCCUGGGAAUGUAUCAUAUUAUAUGUCGCUAAAACGUGGGAAGGAUAAAGCAGAUGGAAACAAAGCCAAGUUCUAUAUACAGGUGCGGGACUUAGAGAGCCCUUAUAUGCCGCUUACAGGGCGGUUUAGUACUGCGACUACUGUAGACUCUGAAAGAGACAGUAUAGCUGAUUCAUACUGCAGUCCACUAGAUAUCAUGGACAAUUCAGAGUACCAGUCUAUAAACUUUAGGCCUCCAGCAAGAGGUCUGCUUGACAGUGUCACAUCACUGAAUUCAACUGAUGCUGCCCCUUUCAAUGUCAAUGACUUGUACCAAUCAAUUGUUCGACCACUUGUCCCUCAAAAGGGGAGUUCUGUGAAUUCUAAAAUAGAAUUGGCAUCAUCACCGCCUCCAGCCCUACCCCCCAGAAAUAAUAUUGAGAUUGCUGAAACCCCCCCUAAAGAUGAUGUUGUCAGGACGGAAGGACAGUUUACAAGCUACCUCGGUCAGCAUGAGUAUAACGUCGAUAAUGGAGCACCUGAAGAAAGUUACCCACAUCCACCGUCUUGGUUAUUGCGUGACUCAAUGGCAUCUAUAGGACAGCCUGGCUCCGAGUCACCUCCGUAUGCCACUCUUGAAAGCACUACAAGGGAAAUCAACUUACUAGAGGAACAGAUGUGUCCUGUCUACGCUACGCUAAAAGGGCGCGCCUCUCAGAUUCGGGACACCCCAUUCUCUGGUGAGUCCACUGAUUCGUCUGACCACGAGGAAGACCAUACCCAAGAAGAAACUGUCAGCGAGAACAGUAGCACACUACAGUCUGAAGAGAGCCUAAGUGAGCCACUAGAGGACAGCGGUAACACCAAGGUGCUCAAGACAUGCGCAACCUACACCACGGUCAGCCUUAAAAAGGGUGACCAGCGAAAGGAAGGCUACCUCACCAAACUCGGCGGCCGCAUUAAGAACUGGAAAAAGCGGUGGUUUGUCCUGCAGGACGGCAAGCUUUACUACUUCAAGACACCAAAUGAGACGAAUCGCAAGCCGCUGGGUCAAGUUCCUCUGGACGGCUCUUGCCGGAUCUCACGCACAGAAGGGGCACUUACCAUAGAGGUAGCAACCCCCAAGCGAACUUAUUACCUUUCAGGCGAGACUUCAGACGAGGUCGAUGAAUGGUUAAGAGUGCUCCAUAACGUGAUGCGCAAGUUUGCCUCCAGUCCACUGCUCGCCCAGAUGCCUGAAAAGGAAGCCAUGAGCGGCUGGGUUACCAAGGUAAAGCACGGCACUUCUCGGAAAAGCUGGUGCGUGUUGCGUGGACAGUUCCUCUGCUAUUACAAGAACCAGGAUGAUGCGGUGCCAUUCAGCAUGGUUAAACUGACAGACGUCACCGUAGAUAAUGAGAGUCCCGACUCGGACGAGGAAGGGGAUGCUGAUGCCCCUACCUACCGGCACUACACCUUAGUGCUGAAAGGGGAGCGACAAGCCACGCCCACCUACCUACUGAUUGACACCAAGCAGGAACGGGACCUGUGGUAUUUCCACUUGACGGUGGCCUCCGGUACGGGACUCGGAAACAUGGGAACGGACUUCGAGAAGAUUGUCAACAAACUUAUGUCAAACGAGGGCGACUCAGAGAAUGAACUGUGGAACACGCCGCUAUUAACCUUCUCACGUGAGCCUAUAACGACGCCGCUGACCACAUUACCAUCUCCAGAAUUGGAAAAAGAAGCGUUGGAGCUCUUCAAGUCCAUCCUGCUUUUCACCACUGUCGCCACGGACGAAAACGCCAUCGACUACCACGUGGCUCUGGCCCAGAAUGCUUUGCAAGUGGUGUUUGAUAACCCGGAACUACAGAACGAGAUUUAUUGUCAGCUGGUCAAGCAGACGUCCAAGCAAGUGCACAGAGGCCCCCAGGACCUGGACCAUUAUCUAAAGAACUGCAGCAAGCGCUCGUGGCUGCGGGCUGACUCGGCGGCCAUAGAGGAGACGAUCGACUUGCGACCCGUACAAGAGUACGUUUACCUCCAGACCUGGCAGCUACUCGCCAUGUGCACCUCACUAUUCGUACCAAAACAACACUUCCUGGUUUAUCUGAGGGCGCACCUGAAGCGGUCAUGUAACCCCAAAACCAAACAUGGAAAAUACGCAAUCUACUGUGUGAAAAGUCUAGAGCGAACCAUUGCUAACGGCAAGCGCGAAGCACGACCAUCGAGAAUGGAGGUGCUGUCAGUUCUUGUGCAGAAUCCGUACGACCACUCGUGUCGCAUGAGCCUGCCCGUGCACUUCGUGGAUGGGAGCUGCCACGUGUUCGGCUUGGAUGGGUCGACCACAGUGGGGGAGUUCACAGAGGCCAUCAACUCGACCUUGGGAAUCCGUGAAGCAUCUCAGAGCGGGUUCGCCAUCUUCACUGAUAACCCCGUGUCGCCCGUAGAACAUUGUCUACAGACAAGUGUCAAGCUUUGUGACGUCAUCUCCAAAUGGGAACAGGCAAUGCGCAGUAACGGUCAGGGUAAACUGGACUCCAAGAGACUCAUCAAACUGACUUAUAGGAACAGGUUGUACUUCAAGAGUCUGCAAGACAAAGAGACGGAAAAGGAGAAAUAUUUCUUAGUUUAUCAGACGAAUAUCAACGUAGUGAAAGGGCGUUUCCCCGUCAGCCACGACAUGGCGAUCGAGCUAGCGGCACUCAUGGCGCAGAUCCAGUACGGUGAUUACAAGGCGCACAGUAAUUCCCUCCCUAGUAAGCGUAUCGAGAUGGUGAUCGCACGGAACUGUCCCAAGAGCCUUCGCGAGGGCGGGAGCGAUCACGAUAAGCGCUCCCUCACGCUCAAAAUGGCGGAGAAGUGGUCCACGUUCCACGGGUGGAGUGUGCGCGAGUGCGUGGAUAAAUACCUCGAGAACGCGCGGAGGUGGCCUUUUCUCGGGUGCAAGCUCUUCAAGGCUAAGCAAAGAGACACGGCAUCCGCCGGUAAAAGACGCGCGUCCGCAUCAACCGCGACCCAGCCGGUGUGGCUUGCUGUCGAGGAAGACAGCAUAAACAUCUUGGAGGGGGAGAACCUGAGGUUGAUGUGCCGGUACAAGUACAAGCACGUGGUGACGUUUGGCGGCUGUAAGGACGACUUCAUGCUGGUGGUGAAUCAGUCCAUCAUGCGAGGGGGGAACACAGUGGAGCAAGGCACGCAGCGGCUGCUCUUCAGCAUGCCACGGGGCAAGAUUCUUGAGAUCACGCUGUUGAUGGCCAGUUACGUGAAUGCUAUCGUACGCCAGCAGGGGAUCACGUGUGACGUGCCGCCCAAUAAGAAACACUCCAACGGACCUCCCCUGGAACCCAAAGUUUGGGACCUCGAGAGCGCAGAAUGGCCCAUCAUUCCAGGGUCUAAUGUGACCCGUCUUGUAUGAUGUCCCUCAUAUUGCAUUGUCUAUCCGUCUGUUUGUCUUUCCGUGUCCAGGAUGUCGUUUUAAUUGUAGGGAUAUGAUCUUCUAUAAGAGAUGGGCUAAUCUUUAUGGUUUCAAUCUUAAUGGUUUCUAGUGGAGGAUAGCGUUGCAAACAAAAAAAUAACAUUCCAUAUAAAAUGGAACCCACUCUCAUUUGUAAAGCUGUUUGAAUUACCCAAGUGGAAACGACCUCUAUCUCGUUAGGAACUCGAGGCUCGAAUAAGUGAGAGUUUGAGUUCUCGGGUUCUUCUCCUUUUUUUAUGUCUAGACUCAGUCUUCUGUAACCUAUAAAAGCGUUGUGUUCAUAUAAUGUUAUAUAAUAUGGAAGAAAGCAAAAUAUCUAUUAGCGAACAUCCCUGUCUUAGAGGUUGAAAAGGAAAAGUAAUAUUGAUGUAAAUAUGGAACAAUACAAAUCCUAAUCAAAAUUGUGUUUAUUUUAUUAUUGAUAAAUUACUGAUAUAUAGUAAAACAUUAAAUGCCCUU